AUGGACCACAUCGCGUCGCGGCGCAUCGAUGCGCCCGUCGCCUCGUGGCACAGCUGGGACGCCUUCCGCGACCCGCCGGCGGAGGUCCAGCUCGGCUGCGGCGUCGCGAAGUACGGGCAGCGCUUCGUCUGGACGAAGCUGCACCUGACGGCGUCGCAGCUCGCGCCGCUGCGCCUCGAGGGCGACGCGCCCAUGGACGCGGCGACGGCCGAGGUCGCGGGCAGCGGCCGGGAGGUCGGCGCGGCCGUGCUCCGGUCGUCGCCCGGCGACGGCACGGCGUGCGGCGCCUGCCUCGCGGCGGCGUCCGAGCUGCCGGACUGGGUCGACCUCGAGCGCGUCGGCCGCGGCCAGAAGGUCUUCCAGAGGUACCUGCCGCACGUGUCCGUGACGCUCUUCUAUUUAUCGCUCGUCGGCGGCUUCUCCGCGGCGGUGAUCACGAAGGUCCUGUUCUCCACGGGCUACCUCGCGUCGUCGCCGCGCCUCGUGAUGCGGCGGCUGCUCGACACGGGCCUGUUCCUCUUCGACGUCUGCCUCGACGGCCCGGAGUCGCUGCGCCCGGGCGGCCGCGGCUUCGAGUGCUGCCUCGAGGUCCGCGCGCUCCACGCGUCCGUGCGCGCGCGCCUCGCCGCGCGCGGCUGGGACGCGGCCGCCUACGGCGUGCCCGUGAACCAGGAGGACAUGGUCGUCACGCUGCUCGCGUUCAGCUACAACGUGCUCGUCGGCGUCGAGUUCUUGAAGGGCUCGCGCGUCGGCGAGGAGGAGGAGGGCGACUACCUGCACCUCUGGCGCUACCUCGGCCACCUGCUCGGCGUGCGCGACGAGCACAACCCCUGCGCGAGCUACGCGGCGGCCAAGGCGACGCUCGAGUCCAUCGUCGUGCACAUUCUGGAGCCCGACGCGGACUCGAAGAAGCUCGCCAGGGCGAUGCUCGCGGCGCCGUCGGGCGGCGACGCGACGGGCUACGCGUUCCUCACGCGGGCGGAGCUCUGCCGCUACAUGGUGGGGGACGCGCUCGCCGACGCCCUCGACCUGCCCGUGGCGCCGCCGUCGCUCCGCGUGAAACUCGUCCGCCUCUGGCUCGCGGCCGUCGGCGUCGCCAUCGACUCGCGGCUCGGCCGCCUCUUCGGCAUCGCCCACGCGCUCCAGAUGCGCGCCGUGCGGCGGCUGCACGGCCACCUCCGCUCCGGCAGCAAGCGCCACGACGUCGCCGCGACGGUCGACGCGCCCGUCGCGACGUGCCCCUACGAGCCGGGCGCCGGCGACGCGCGGCGACGGCGGACGUCGUGCCCCUACGCCGCGGACGGCGCGCCGGGGGGGUGA